GGCGCGCGAGUGCGGCGGCGGCGGCGGCCCGGCCAUGGCCGCGCGGUCGGACCUCGAGCUGCGGCGGGAGCUGCAGGCCCUGGGCUUCGAGCCCGGGCCCAUCACCGACACCACCCGGGACGUCUACCUCAACAAGCUGCAGCGGCUGCGAGGCGAGGCCCGGCAGCGCGCGAGGCCUGGGGCGGGGCGCCCGGGGCCGGGCCUGGGCCUGGGCCUGGGCCUGGCGCCGGGGGCUCGCCCGGGGCUUGGGGCCGGGGCUGCCCCCUCCUCGUCCGCCUCCUCGUCCUCGUCCUGGGCCGGGAGCCGCCCGAGCAUCCACCACGCAGCCUCCGGGGCCCGCAACGCCUUCUCCUGGCGCCCCGGCCGGGAGCGGGAGCGCGAGCGGGACAGCUCGGAGGAGGACGAGCCGCCCGGGCCGAGCCCCGGGCCCGGCCCCCGCCGCUGGUGGGCCCCGCCCCCGGCCCCGGCCCGCGGCCCCGCCGCCUACGGGGGCCCCCGGCCUCGGCCCCGGCCCCGGCCGGAGGUGGGGCGGCGGCUGGAGCGCUGGCUGUCGCGCCUCCUGUGCUGGGCCAGCCUGGCGCUGCUGCUCGUCUUCCUGGGCAUCCUGUGGGUGAAGAUGGGGGGGCCCGGCCGGCCACAGGAGGCCGAGGAGAACAUGAAGUUGCUGCCGGUGGACUGUGAGAGAAAAACAGACGCGUUCUGCCAGGCCAAACAAAAGAAAGUUUUGCUGGAGGUGCUGCAUGAGUUAUACAACUUCUUGGCCAUACAAGCCGGUAAUUUUGAAUGUGGAAAUCCGGAGAGUCUAAAGAGUAAAUGCAUUCCUGUUAUCGAAGCACAGGAACACAUUGCAAAUGUAACCGGCAGUUCACCAGCAAGGUUUGAAGCUGCAUUGACCUGGAUACUGAACAGUAACAAGGAUGUAGGAAUCUGGUUGAAAGGAGAAGACCUGUCUGAGUCAGUGACGACUGUGGACAAGGUGGUCUGCCUGGAAUCUGCCCAUCCCCGGAUGGGCUUGGGCUGUCGGCUCAGUCGGGCCCUGCUGACGGCUAUUACCACUGUGCUCCUUUUCUUCUGGGGUCUGGCUUUUUUGUGGGGACUUCUGAUUCUUCUGAAAUAUCGCUGGCGGAAAUUAGAGGAAGAAGAACAAGCCAUGUAUGAGAUGGUGAAGAAAAUUAUAGCUGUAGUGCAAGAUCAUUAUGUCGAUUGGGAGCAGGACAUGGAACGCUAUCCAUAUGUGGGCAUCCUUCACGUGCGGGACACCUUGAUCCCACCUCAGAGCCGGAGGCGCAUGAAGCGGGUCUGGGACAGAGCAGUGGAAUUUCUGGCAUCCAAUGAAUCCCGAAUUCAGACUGAGUCACACAGAGUGGCUGGAGAAGACAUGCUGGUGUGGAGAUGGACUAAGCCCUCUUAUUUCUCUGACUCUGAACGUUAAAAUCCCCAGGCAGGGUCAGACAUUCUUGUUCAGCCUGUCCUCGGGGACAGUUUCCCUAGGCCCAACAGAGAGGGGUCCACAGAUCUGCUGGUGCUGAAUUCACACUCAUGCCUUGACCUCCCAACUUCUUCUCCUACCCAUGCAUUGCUUCCAUUUCUGAAGGUCACGCCAAGAAAUUUUUGAAAAGUUUAGCUUGUGAGGACUAUCUAGAUUUGCCUUGAGGGUUGGGGAGGAACCAAGUUGGGUCAUGUAGCUCAUCCUUGUUUUUUUUUUCAGCAAGUAGACCCUGCCUCCCUUUCCCGUUCAGCACCCCUCUUUUCUAAUAGGAAGUGAAAAGGGCUUGGCUUCUCACAAAAAGGUGGAGGCCCAACAGCCGUAUAUGCUGCUUAAGAUUCAGUGAAAUGCAGUCAGUACCUUCCCCCAGUAGCCUGGCCAGCCCCCGUUGUUGCGGAUCGGUUGUACAGCCUUGGAGAAGUGCCUCCUGGGGUUGGGUUGUUGGGUGGCAGCUUGGGGGGGUUGCGGUGGGGCCUUAGGGACUCAAGGCAGCUGUGCUAGGUGCCUGGGGAGGCUGCACAGGUGUGCUGUCACGAGAAGAGAGAAAAAGAGUCUGCUUCCUUUAGGAGUCUGACCUUCCUUUUCAAGUAAGGGGAGAAAUGAAAAGAGAGGCCAGGAAAACUGUCGUACAUACGGAAAGACUCAUUAUGGUGGUAAACAGCCUGCCCUGCCUAGACCAGGGCAUCUGUGAGGUUGGUGGAUUUCUGGGACCUGGUAUGCAGUGCAUCAAUGGGGAUAUAAGGGUGGGGUGCCAGCCACUGCCCCGAUUCUGCAACAGAUCUGUAGGUAAUUAAUUGGGGAAGCAAAUGCUUAGGCAGUGGAACUCAAAAGAUUUUAAUUUUUAUACUUUUUUCAUCACAAAGUUAGCCUUCCUAAGGCGUCUAUCCUGGUGGUGGUUCUCAUUAGAAAUAGUCAUUUUUGGUUGGACUAGCAACCUCACCAGCAUCAUCUCUAGAGGGAACCCUCAUUCUGAGGGAUGACUGUGGCCAUACAUAGGUUGUUUCCUAUGUUGUAAGACCACCAUCUACAGCCUCCAGGGCUAUGUGCCAUAGAAGUGACUUCUUCCACACACUUUGCACAUUGUCUCAACAACGUAGAAAUGUCUUCCAGGGAGGCUUCAGCACCUCUGCCCCCUGCUGGCCACAUGAAAGAGUUGCAGGGGCUCUUGCCUCAAUUCUGAGACUGCAGAACUUCAUUACCUACCUCCUGCUGGCUCAUGAACUCAAAUCAGAACAGAAAAGGAAGUCUCCAGAAACAGACCAGUGGGGGGUCUUAUUAGUCAAGUAGGAAAGAUCCCACACGAACCUGAAUCUUCUCCCCAUGUUCUCAUCUGUGGCAGGAAUGAGCGCUGCCUCAGAAAGACAUUAACCACACCUUUCUGAUCUUGGUGAUUUUUUUCCAAAUAAAAUUCCAGUAUCCCAUAUUUUAGCAAUACUAUUUCCUCUGAUAUUUGUAUGAUUCCACGGUGCCUGUAAUCUUAAAUUCCAGUGCAAUUGUGUAGAAGUAUCUUUAUAAUCAGGCUUAACAUGAACUUCAUUAUUGGUAACUAAAUUGCUGGAGGAAUAGCACUAUUUAUUAAAAACUGAUUUGUUUCCUUA